AUGGUCUGGGAAUCCCGACAAGAGUCCCCUUCGUCCGAUGCGACGUUAGGGCCUGUCCCCCGUCGCAAGCUCCCUCCUCAGCUUCAGAAAUUGGUAGACCAUGAUGAUGGGUUUUACGACGAUGUCUAUUCCCCAUACUCCGUAAACUCAACCGAUACCUCCUAUCGUUACGCUGCCUACGCCAAUCGCAUCCGCACCCUCCUUCUCUCCGCCCAGCGUUAUGUCGCCUACACCUCCGACAUUGGUGAAUCUUUCCGUCCAGUCGCGCAUCCUUACCUCGUGCGCUCUGCUUACGCCAUCUCCUGGACGUACCUCCUCGGUGAUGUCGGACACGAGGGUUACAAGGCGUACCUCCGGAACCGUCGAGCAUUAGCACCGGCCGGCGAAGCCUACAAGGAUGCCAAGGAUCUUACGCAAGAGGAGGUGCUCAAGGGAAUGGCGACGGGCAACUUGACCACGGGAAAUAACUCGAGACCGUCAGAGUAUGCAGAAGGAAGUUUGAUGCCGUGGAAGACGACGGGAAUCCCGUUGAUUGAGGAUUACCGGGUCGUCAUGGCGAAGAGAGCCGUGUUCCAGGGAUUGGCGAGUAUGGCGCUGCCAGCAUUGACCAUUCACUCCGUGGUGAAGUAUUCGGGGCGCAUAAUGAAGAAUUAUAAGAGUAAUCUUCUGCGCACAUGGGCGCCUAUCGGAAUCGGUCUCUCCGUCGUCCCGCUUAUGCCUUACAUCUUCGAUGAACCCCUUGACGAAGCCGUCGAAUACGGUUUCCACACAGCCAUCGGCUCAUUCUUCGGCAAGGACGCCGUCAAGUCUCUCUCUUCUGGCCACGAGAAGGACUCGACUUCUCUCUCGCAUUUCUUGGACUCUCAGAAUCCAGAUGCCGUGCCUGUGUCUUCUGCAACUGAUGCAAUGUCGUGGGAGGAGUAUCGCGAGGAGAGAGAGCGGGCGAAGGAGCAGCGGAGACUGGAGCGUGCGGAGAAGGGGUCUUCUGGGCCUGUGGCUAUGUUGAAGGAAUUGAUUGGCGCGGGUGAGAAGAAGAAGAGUGAUUAA